CUAUGAGGAUUCUACUAGCGGAGGGGGUGCUGGCCCAACCCGCAUCGAAGCAUUUACUCCGGGCUGGGCUGUGUGGGGACACAGUGGCCGAGAGUGUCCUAACUAGACCUGUCGGAGCUCUGAGGAGCCGAGAAUUCCCUGGCCGACACCCUUUCUCUGACAGAACCCAACCUUUCCCACCUGGCCAGCGCCUGCUCUAUUGCCUGGAGCAGGUCCUGCUUGGGAACGGGGGCCACUGGGUCUUGGCGCCUCCAGCAUCCUGAGACUGACUCCUGGGACCAUCCAGAGCUCCGGACACUAUGCUCCGAGGACGCUCCCUCUCCGUGACGUCCCUGGGCGGCCUGCCCCGCUGGGAAGUCGAGGAGCUCCCCGUGGAGGAUUUACUGCUCUUCGAGGUCUCCUGGGAAGUGACCAAUAAAGUCGGCGGCAUCUACACCGUGAUUCAGACCAAAGCCAAAACCACCGCAGAGGAGUGGGGAGAAAACUUCUUCAUGAUCGGCCCCUACUUUGAGCACAAUAUGAAAACUCAGGUGGAAGCAUGUGAGCCGGUCAACAGGGCCGUGAAACGGGCUGUGGAGGCCAUGAACACACACGGCUGCCAGGUGCAUUUUGGAAGAUGGCUGAUAGAAGGGAGCCCUUACGUGGUGCUUUUCGACAUAGGCUACUCCGCGUCAAAUCUGGAUAGGUGGAAAGGAGAUCUCUGGGAGGCGUGCAGCGUGGGCAUCCCUUACCAGGACCAGGAAGCCAACGAUAUGCUGAUCUUUGGAUCUCUAACCGCCUGGUUCUUAAAAGAGGUGACAGAUCACGCGGAUGGGCGACACGUCAUCGCCCAUUUCCACGAGUGGCAGGCUGGAACUGGACUAAUCCUGUCUCGGGCCCGGAAACUUCCGAUCGCGACAAUAUUUACCACCCAUGCCACUCUGCUCGGGAGAUAUCUGUGUGCAGCAAACAUCGAUUUCUACAACCAUCUGGAUGAGUUUAACAUCGACAAGGAGGCGGGAGAGAGACAGAUCUACCACCGCUACUGCAUGGAGAGAGCUUCUGUCCACUGUGCCCACGUGUUCACCACCGUUUCGGAAAUAACAGCCAUCGAGGCAGAGCAUAUGCUGAAGAGAAAGCCUGAUGUGGUUACUCCAAAUGGCCUGAGUGUUAAGAAAUUUUCAGCCGUGCAUGAGUUUCAAAAUCUCCACGCCAUGUACAAAGCCAAGAUCCAAGAUUUUGUUCGAGGUCAUUUUUAUGGUCAUCUGGACUUUGAUCUGGAAAAGACUUUGUUCCUUUUCAUUGCUGGGAGGUAUGAGUUUUCAAACAAAGGAGCUGACAUCUUCCUGGAAUCUUUAUCCAGGCUCAAUUUCCUGCUGAGGAUGCAUAAAAAUGACGUCACAGUGGUGGUGUUUUUUAUUAUGCCUGCCAAGACAAAUAAUUUCAAUGUGGAAACCCUGAAAGGCCAGGCAGUACGCAAACAGCUAUGGGACACUGCACAUACCUUGAAGGAAAAGUUUGGGAAGAAGCUCUAUGAUGCAUUAUUAAGAGGAGAAGUCCCUGACAUGAACAAUAUUUUGGAUCGAGAUGAUCUAACAAUUAUGAAAAGAGCCAUCUUUUCAACUCAGCGGCAUUCCCUGCCUCCCGUGACCACCCACAACAUGAUCGACGACUCCACCGACCCCAUCCUCAGCACCAUCCGCCGCAUCGGGCUGUUCAACAGCCGCACGGACAGAGUCAAGGUGAUUUUGCACCCCGAGUUCCUCUCUUCCACCAGUCCCUUAUUACCCAUGGAUUAUGAAGAGUUUGUUCGAGGUUGUCAUCUUGGAGUAUUUCCGUCAUACUAUGAGCCCUGGGGUUAUACUCCAGCUGAAUGCACUGUGAUGGGUAUCCCCAGCGUGACAACCAACCUCUCUGGCUUUGGCUGCUUCAUGCAAGAACACGUGGCUGACCCUACUGCGUAUGGUAUCUACAUCGUGGACCGGCGCUUCCGCUCACCAGAUGACUCUUGCAAUCAGCUGACUCAGUUUCUUUAUGGGUUUUGCAAACAGUCACGCCGCCAAAGAAUCAUUCAAAGGAACCGGACCGAGAGGCUCUCAGAUCUUUUGGACUGGAGAUAUUUAGGCAGAUAUUACCAGCAUGCCAGGCACCUGACAUUAAGCCGAGCUUUUCCAGAAAAAUUCCAUAUGGAACCCACAUCACCACCAACGACAGAAGGAUUUAAAUUCCCCAGGCCCUCCUCGGUACCACCUUCUCCCUCAGGCUCUCAAGUCUCCAGCCUUCAGAGCAGUGAUGUGGAGGAUGAUGAUGAGGACGAGAGAUACAAUGAGGAAGAGGAGGCAGAGAGAGAUCGGCUAAAUAUUAAGUCACCGUUUUCUCUGGGGAACGUUCCUCUUGGGAAGAAGAAGCUGCAUGGUGAAUACAAGAACUGAACCAUGCUUGUGGGAUAAAGCUAAAUUGGUAGGAAUGUGGUGAGAGUUAUUAUUUAAGGAAAUGAAAAUGCCCUAAGUUUGAUUUCCAUCUUCCAAGUAUUUCAUGAAAUUUAUUCUCUACCUGUAAUUGGAGAUUAGAAAUGCCAGUCUCAUAAUUCAUAAAAAAAUCCAAGUCAUUUUCCCUAACUCCUUUCUUCCAAAAACAUGGGAUGAAGCAUGAAGGAAAAUGUUCAGUGAAAGAGAAAGGUUAGGGGUUAGAGUGAUAGUACAGGAGGUAGGGCAUUUGCCUUGUACACAGCUGACCCCAGUUCAAUCUCUGGCAUCCCAUAUGGUCUCCUGAGCACUGCCGGGAGUAAUUCCUGAGUGCAGAGCAAGGGUGUAACCCAAAAAGCCAAAAAAUUAAUUGAUUGAUUAAUUAAAAGAAAGAUUAGAGGGGCCAAGGUGACAGUUAGAAGGGCCGGGGCAAUAGUACAGUGGGUAGGGCACUUGACUUGCACACAGUUGACCAGGUUUCAUUCCUAACAUCUCAUAUGGUUCGUGAGCCCCACCAGGAAUCCCUGAACAAAGAGCCAGAAGUAAGUCCUGAGCACCAGUGGGUGUGAACAAAAAACAAGAGAGAGGGGGAAAGAGAGAAAAAAGCACAUUUAAAAUGUUUAAUUCAAAGAACUUUCAUUCACAACUUUAAAUAAAUUGUCAUCACAAUAGCCCUUCACAGUAUUUAUACAGUUUUUAAGCCAUACCAAAUAGUAUCUUAUCCCCAAUCCCAAAUGGUACUAAUUUUAGGCUAGAACUACCUAUAUAUUUGAAAUAAUUUGGUAUUUAGUGGCUAUUUUUUUUUCACAAGCUAGAACUAUGGGUUUGUAUCUAGUUUUGAGGGCAAUAAAAUUCAUAAGAAAAUGGUUCUCCUACUGUACCUCAUGGUGUUUCACUAAUAAAAAAAUAUUAAAAAAAUACAAGAGCAAACAAAUAGGAAAAAAAAAAGAAAAUGGUUCUCCUAGAUUUAUAUCUGGAAGUAAAAUAAUGCAUAUUUAUAAGGUGCUUCUUAUAUUAAUUAUAAAAAAAAAAGGUGUUACUAGCUGACUCUGUAAUUCUGAUGUCCAAAUGGAAACCUUCUUGAGACCUUGGUCAGUCUUCCAUUGUUCAUAAGUUAGUGAAUUCAAAUGAAUAAACAUUUAAAGAUUUAAUUGUCAUUGACAAUGAAUGUCUUAUUAAAAAAUCUCUUUGCUAGUUAAAUAUGACUAAACCA